AACAAAGAUGGCGCAUUUACAGUGAAGCUUUGUUACGUUGUGUACAAAUUAUAAUAAUUUCUGAGAAUUUAAUGAAUUUAUUCAACCGAUUAAGAUCCAGUAGUUAAUUAUGAAGACUGUUUCUUAUUAAGGACAUUGUUAUAAUAGCGAAAUAUGCAACUGUUUUAGUGUAAUAUGCUAAGGAAGUAAACAAUAAUUUCGUUCAGUUAUCUUGAAUGCGGAGUCCGCAAUGCUAUCCGGCCAGGAUGAAGGUCCAGUUUACUACAGGGAGAUACAAAAGAACGCCUUCCUCAAACGGAUACCCAAUGAAGUCCCCUCCAGCAAGCUGAGACCCCUUGGGCAUAAGAAACCUCCCCUCAAACCAAUGUGGACCCUGCUUUGCGUGCACAACGGUCGGACACCCUUCCUCGAACAAUACCCCGAGCCCGACUCGGCCGCCACUGCAGCACACCGGCCUGCCUGGCGCGCCUGUCUCAAGACUGCGAGACACGUCACUGCCAGCGUCAAGCCUCAUGCGGGCGAGGAGUACGACUUCCUCAUAGACACCGACCAUGGACCCGUCAGGAUGCUGGCGCCGGACUGGGACUCAAUGCAAGACUGGGUCACCCUACUCCGUUCGAAACUGCAUGAGUUACGUAUAUUAUCACUCGGUGAGAAUGUAUAUGGAGCCCCACCGGUUGCACCCACCCCAAGGGCUGCGGCCAGGGACCCCACCUCCCCGCUACCGCCCACCCCACCCGUGCCACCCGACAGGGUACCCGGAAUAGACCUAGCUCCAAUCACUCGUCCAACAGUAGAAAGUACACAACCUUCCGAAAACUCUUCAACAACCGUAACCGCUGACAACCACGCCGCAACCACUAGCACAAACACACAAGAAAGCACAAACAUACCGAGAACCACAGCUAAUUCUACAAGUCUAAGUACAAAACCCACGAGUGGCUCAGCAACCAAUCUAAACAUAACUGUAUCCACACCAAAUGUAACAUUUACGUCUACAAACACAAAUUUAACGACAUUUACGAACGCAACCACGAAUUUAACAGCAUUUACGAACACAACCGCAAAUUUUAUCGCAAGCACAACCAACUCAGUAUCACUUACACCGAUAAAUACUACGAAUAUUACAACUUUUACGAACGCGACCGCGAAUUUAACGAGUUUUACAAACGCAACCACAACUUUAACGAAUUUUACGAACGCAACCACAAAUUUAACCAAUGAACAGUUGAACUCAGAGGUGGAUAUAUCGAAUUGGGAGCCGUUUUCUUUACCAAGUACAAGUCGAGACAGUGAGCCAAAGCAAAGCGUCGCGAAGAUAUGCGGUCAAAAUAUAUGCUUGGAUGAUUCUAUAUUGAAAAGGAAUGUAACAGAGAGCGAUGAAGAGUUCUUCGCUGAAAUCGACAAGAUUCACGAUUCGAGUGAGAAUAUCAGCGAUUUUGAGUACAAGCAACGGGUUGUUGUGAAUAAUGGGAAUGAGAGUACAGAAAAUGAAUACAGUACACCUCAAAGAACAAACAUAACAGUAAUUCAAGUCUCAAAUAAAGGACCCCCGCACACCGCCAUACCCGUUUUGGGCCCGGAAACGGAUGUUUUCGACUUUGAAUUCAAACAAAAACUCACUGUCAACCCUGAACAAGCAAAAAACGACUUUAUCAACAUAGUCAAUACAGAAGAAAAUAGCUAUGGAACAGUCUUCGAAAAAAGUAAUUCAGAAUCCGACUAUGGACAUAUAAGUUUGACAACCACUGUCAAUCUGACAGGAGACGUCAAAGUGACAGAUAAAGAUGGCGUCUACGAGAGAUUAUGUAUGGCUUCAACAUCUAAUAAAGGUUCCUCUCCAUUGCCGUUGAGGAAUGUUAAAUCUAUGGAAAAAAUGCGCAAAUCUUCUUUACCUAAUUUAGAAAUCGAAUCGGAUUAUGAGUAUUUAUUUCCUAAUUCUAGUCAAAAUAACCGAAAUCUAAAUAGCACGAAUUUACAGAAUGGUAGGAAUGUUGAAGAAAUCCUACCGAUUGGGAGAAAUGUUCGAACGGAUGUUGUACCCAAUAGUGGCAAUGGUAGAUCGAAUCUACCAAACAGUAAGGAAAAUGUACCAAAUGGUAGAAAUGGUCAGGCGAAUCUACCGACUAAUAGAGAAAUCCUACCAAACAGUAGAAAUCCUCAAUCGAAUUUACCGACCUCUAGAGAAAUUCUAUCAAAUAGUAGAAAUGCACAGUCGAAUCCAAACAAUAGAGAAAUCUUACCAAACAGUAGAAACGCACAGUCGAAUCUACCAACUAACAGAGAAAUCCUAUCAAAUGGUAGAAAUGAUACAAAUCAUACCAAUCCUGAUGUACCUAGGAUGAACAUAUCAAAUAUAAAUGUGGAAUCUAUUGCAAGAACCUUAAGGUCGAAUGUUGAAAGGUCCCAAAGUCAAAAUGCAUACGAUAUAGGCCCUAGACAGAGACAGAACGAUGGAAGAAGAGUGCCGAAUAAUAGUCCGAAACGAGAAGCUAAAAUUGAAAAAUCUGACCCCCCACCUAAACCGAUAUGGAAAAGAGGUCUUACAGAAUUAUCACUUCUGAGCAGGCUACGUGGAAUAGGCCAGACGAAAAGGCAAGAAAGCCCCACUAGGAACGAAAAUGAAGAUAGAGGGGUGACGUCACCUGUCAAAGUGGUGCACAGGUCGCGGCCGGCUGGCAGAGUUGACAGCUCGCGACGCAGAAGCAACUCUUUGACAAAUAGUCAAUCACCGUCGAUACCGCAAAAUCCCGCGCUCCAACCCUUGCGGGCUCGGCAAGCGGCCGCCCUGCGCGCCGAGCAACGCCGCGGGGCGUGCGUAGCUACCACCGUCCCUGUCAGAGAUCCGCCGUUACUGUUUGAUUACGAGAGACAAGUUUGGGUAGCCCGUUGGGGCAUGGGAGGGACGCGGGGCGGUGGUCGAGCCGGGGACCGCGUGUCCGGGCUGGUGGGCACGCAGCCUUGCUCCGCCACGCAUGCCAGGCACUUGCUCAAGACGGCACAUUCGCCUAUAGUAGACAUAUUAUUUCACCGGGUGCCGCUUGGGAAAAUCUAUGUGAUAACUAAAAAGGACCAAGAGAGUUUAGGUAUAAAACUAGAUAACGAGUGUACAAUAAUAUCGGUUGAAGGACAAUCGCCGGCUGGUAAAGCGGGCCUGCCCCCGGCCGGGAAGUGGGCGGUCACCGAGGUCAACAACCGACCUAUCAACCUCCUCAAAGGUGGUGAAGAAGAAAUGAAUAGGAUAGCGAUGAACGGUACAGAGGUAUCAGUUCUUAUACAACCGGCCGCUUUAGUGAAGAAGAUCCGAGCAGCUAUCAAAGCAAGUAAACCCUUAUUAACUAUGAGAUAGGGUUAAAAAUCGACUGGCAAUAGUGAGGAAGAAUUGUGUUGCUAACAAACAAAAUAGGGCCUUAUGAACUUGUCGAUAUGGUUCAUAAUCGACUGGCAAGGACAAAGAGAGUUAUAUGAUUUUCAGUAGUGAUAAGAGUUGGUAUUAAAGGAAUUCAGCCCUUAUUAUCUGUGAGAUAGGGUUUUAAAUCGACUGGCUAUAGACAGAUGCUAGAGGUCUCAAAGGAAAUAGGACCUUCUUGUUUAAGAAAUAGGGUACAAAAAUCGACUGGCAAUAUCAAUGAGGACCAGAGCUGCUAUUAAAGGAAGUUGAGCCGUAUUAACUAUGAGAUAGGGUUUUAAAUCUCAACAAAUAAAGAAGGUAAGAGGUGUUAAUAAAGGAAAAUGGACCGUAUUCACUAUGAAAUAGGGUUCAAAGUCGACUGUCAAUAUUAGUGAAGAUAAAAACUGCUAUUAAAAUAAGUGAACCCGUAUUAGCGAUGAGAUAGGGUUUGAAAUUGCAACAGAUAGAGAAGGUUAGAGGUGUUAAUAAAGGAAAAAAGACCUUAUUGACUAUGAAAUAGGGUUUAAAGUCGACUAGCAAUAUUAACGAAGAUAAAAACUGCUAUUAAAAGAAGUUUUAGCUAUGAGAUAGGGUUCAAAACUGACUUAGCAAUAGUAAAGAAGAUGAGAGCUGUUAUCAAAGCAAGUAAACCCUUAUUGACUAUUAAAUAGGGUUCAUAAUCGACUGGCAAUAUUAAUGAAGAUUUGUGCUGACUAUAGGAAACUGAGUCGUAUUGACUUUGAAAUAGGGUUUAUAAUCGAUUGGCAAUAGUAAAGAAGAUACAAGCUGCUUCUAUAGAACUAGAACCUUAUAUACUAUGAGAUAGAGUUCAAAAUCAACUGACAGUGGCAUGCAAUAAGCUGAUACUGGAUUACCUGUAUUGACUAUGGGAUAGGGUUCACAGUCGACUGGCAAUGGUGUUGCUACUAAAACAAUAGUCUUAAAAGCUGCUAUUAGAGAAAAUAGAUCCUUAUUUCCAAUAAGCUAGAGUUUAAAAUCGACUGGCAACAGAAGAAAAUAUAAGAGAUGUGAAUUAAAG